GCUGCUCGUGGGAUGAUAAAGAUAGCAAGGAACUAUGACCCAUCAAAGGGGACUCCAUCAGUGUCCCAGGAAGAUGUGACUGAUACCCGGCGAGGACGGAUGAGCAGAACUGAAGAAUUGUCAACCUUACCUCCCAAUUUAGCCAAAUCACCC